AUUGAAUAAGUGUUAAUAAUUUAAUUUAUAACCUGAUAAAAUGUGCUACAGUCCAGUACAUUCAGUACUUUGAUUUAAAAUUCGACCAAUCAGAAGUGGUUUUACAUCACGGUUAUAAUUACUCAGUUUUCGACAGGUAGCAGGCAAUACACAAUACUGUGAAACAGCUGAGUAGUAGUGUGGUUAUGUUUCACAAGUAAUACCAUCAAAAGAAUAUGUAGUUUUAUUGGAAUAUUUUCUACAGCAUGUAAGAGGGUAGUUUAGUAUUAACGAAGAAGGAUAGAGGGAAUUUUAUUCACCAUGGAUUAUAAAAUAAACUUUCAAUACCUGUGUUGUGUGCUUUUGUUCGGAUUUCUAGAUUCGAUUUUAGCAGAAAAAAACUGUCAUCCUGUGCGAACAGAAUUCCAGAAUCGAAAAAUUGGACCUCCAGAUUUGGUUCCAAAUUUUGCAAUUCAUGAUAAUGAAAUCAAGAUCUGUUUUGAUCCAUUAAGAGAUCCAACAAGACUGUCAUGUUGUUCAAAAGCAAGUGAACAACAGUAUGUUAUUGCUGCUAAGAAAUAUCUUAAAGACAGUGUACGUUCUAAAACUGCCUUUUUAAAAAAGUCAAUACUAGACCAUAUUUCACAGUUUGAAGAAAGAUUAUCUUCAUUAAUACUUUUAUCUGAGAACAAAACUUCAGUGACUUUAGAAGAUCUUUACAAAAUUCCAAAGUCAGAAUAUAGUCAAACUGUAUCAGAAUUCUUUUCACAGAUACGUCUGUUCAUGAAACAAAAACAAGUGAGUUUAUAUGCCUCUGUUGCAACGUUUUAUGACAAUAUAUUUCCAUCAGUGUUGAAGUACAAUCUUCAUAGUGGGAAAGUUUUGACUUUGACGCCAGAACAGACUUCAUGCUUGCGAAGGAAUCGGCAAGACAUUGUUCCGGUACCAUUUGGUAAAACCCAAUACAAUAUUUCACACAGUUUACAACAUACAUUGUCAAAUGUGAAAUCAUACAUAGAAGUGCUUUCUCUAGUUGUUGAAGCCAUUAACUUGACUGAUAAUGCUUCAGUCACAGAAAAAUGUGUUCACCAAGUGACUCAGCUCCAGUUUUGUUCACGUUGUCAAAACGAAACCACUGUGUUACCAUGCAAAGGAUUAUGUUUGAAUACAAUGAGAAGAUGUCUAGCACAGUUUUCCAUUUUACAUCAAGACUGGAAAAAACUGAUGAUGUCGGUUGUACGACUAGAUGGUGGACAAAGUGACAAAUACAACGUGGAAGCAAUACUUCAACAACUGAGUCACGAUAUUGAUAUGUCAAUCAAACAUGCAGUUCGUAACAUUGCAGUUACUUAUAAUGCUGCUAAAGGUUUAUGUGCUAUUUCUGCAGCAGACACACAAAUUCCAAUCAGAACCGCUUCUAGUGAGCUGGGAACACAACUCAAACAUAACAGAAACCGUAGAACAAUGGGUGGUGACCUAAACGAUCAAGUCCUACAAGUGAAGGAACAACUUCUUAUUUCAAUGAAUAUUUUCAGCACUCUUUCUGAAGAUAUUUGUGAGCAAAAACUUUUUUAUGACCAGGAUCCAGAUAGUGCUGUGUGUUGGAAUGGUACAUUGGUGGGCAGAUUCACUGGUAAUAUCGAGCAUCUUAAAGCAUUUACCACAUCAGAGAUGGAUGUGGACCCACAAUUAAUAACAAUGAGAGACAAACUGUCAUUGACGAGAAAUACUUUAGAUACAGAACAUCAAGAAUACUCAAUGAUGUCAGAUUCCUCAAUUUUCAAGUAUGGUAGCGGUGAUGGAGGUAUAAAUGAUGGCGGAGGCAUCGUUCUAGAGACAGAUGAUGAAGAUUUGAAUGGAUCGGGAAGUGGUAGUGGGGAUGGAAGUGGUCAAACACCGAGCCCAAUUGAUGUCACCCUUGCACCAACCAAAAGCUUCAAUAAACCUCCAAAUAGAAAUCAACGGCCUGAAAGUUCUGCCAGUUCAGUUUCUGUUUCCAUGGUGAUGGUUAUUCUGACAGUUAUAACAACAUUGAUAUUAUGACAGACAGCAGUUGACUGAAGAGAAAAGAACGGAGUGAGACACUCGGAAUAAAACUUCUAUCAUGUGAUAUUUGCAAUUAUGUUAACUUUAUUGUCUUAUUGUAAUGUAUAUGUGCCUUUAUACAUAACUAAUAUUAGCAGCAUUCUUAUAAGUAUUUUUAAAAAAGCUUCUUGUCACACUAUUUUUAUAUUAUCUUCUGUGUGAAAAAAACAUGUCUUCAUGACUUUUUCCAAACACUUGCUGUUCACAAAAGUAUAGUUGACUUAGUCAAUGAAUUUAUUAAGAGAUAAUAAGAACAUGCAUAGAUCAAAACUUUGAAACAUACAAAACACCAAGUAUGACUUUGAACCUUGAACAAGGUCCACUCAUUUACAUACAGGUAUUGUUAAUAAUAUAAAAAAAUGUGACAGUUGCUUUUAAUCAUAAACAUACAUAGUUAUACCAUAAUAGACAGAAACUAUUUAAUACAUAGAAAUAAUGUGUGUGACUGUAGACAAAUAUGUGUGUAGUUUGGAACAAAAUUGCAUUUAAGAGUCUGAAGCAUUGUGGGUAAAAAAUAUCAAAAAUACAAACCAAAACUUUUGGUGAGGGAAAAUCCAAGAUAAUGAAUAUUAGAGUCAUUUAGUCACUCCCAUUCUGGUGCAUGAACAGUUAAAUUACUCAUAGAGCUUCAGAUAUUGAAAAUGUAAAUUGCAUUAUAUCAUAACUUCUAAUUGUUUAAAAUUAAGAAAAAAAAUGAAUGGUAGUGCCCUGCUGCCUUAUGUUAUUCUUGAUACAUAAUUUGAAUAACAUAGAUAUGAAAAAUUGACUGCUCCAUCAGAGAGUUAAUAAAUUUGAUACAUUGAAUAAUUGAAAUUAAUGGAUUUGAUAAGAUAUUUCAUUUUUUGUUCAGAAUAUCUACAGGAUAAAUCCUUGCAUGUUUUUUUAGUCUACUGUUGAUAAAAUUUUAUGUUGCCAAACUUUUUUGCGUCUGAAUUUCGCCAUUAGGUGUUUGAUUAUGUAUUCAUUAGUCAAGUCUUUCUACCAGUUUAUGCAUAUUUAAUGGGCAACAUUAAGUUACAACACAUUGAAUCAGAUGUUCAUUGCUGUAUAAUCCAAUACAUUGUACUUGGAAACAUAUGCAUGUUAGAUUAGUAAAUAAUGCUUUUCCUAGUUGUUAUUUUUUCAUUAUUGUCAUUAUCAAAAGGUAUAAUCUCAAGUCUUUCAGAAUUGUAUGUAUAUUUUGCUGAUGUAUUUUUUAGCUAACUGGCCAAAGGUCAAUCGUAGUUUUUGCAUUGCUUUGCUUGUAUCCAUUCUCUGCGUCAUAAGUAGUGUUACUCAGUGUUACCUUAAGGACUUGUAUAUUUUAAGACUUAACUGAUAAACCAAUAUCAGUCAAUGUAAUUCUUUUCGGAAAACUUCUUCUACUAUAUAGCAUGUUUUGUUUUUAAAUUAGUUUUAUAAAAUUACUGUUUUAGUGCCUGAUGCAUUCUGGGUAAUAUGUUCAAAAAGAAACACUGAAACAUUGUGAUUUUUAAAGUGAAAAUUUUUUCUCAUUUGAGUAAACUAAAAAAAUGUUUUCAUUUGAGUAAACUAAAAAAAGGGUAAUUUCAAACAUCCAAAUUUGGAGUAUACCUUUUCAUUAUUAAGGGUUUGCUAACUUCAAUGAAAGUGUAUUCAGAAAAAUGAAUUGAUUAUCUGCAACACUGAAGAGAUGUAUAAUUUUUUUUCAAAACUGUUUUACAGAUUAUUUAAUUCUAACAUUCCUAUAGGCAAUUAAUUAACAUUUUCUUAGCCAAAAAAACUUAAAUAGCUUUUCAAGUUCAAUGUAAAUCAUGAGUGAACAAACAUACGUCUUUGCGUAAGCUUUAGCUUUCUUUUGCUUUAUUAUAUUUGUUUCAAGUCAUUGUACAUAUAUAUCUAAAUGAAAGCUGCAAGCUAAUUAACGUGGAAAGUUCAGUUGUCACUUGUUAACAAAGUCAUAACAAUGAAGGAAUGUAUGAGAAAAAUGUCUAAACUUGUUAUAUCCUUUGUUAUGUAUAUACUUAUUGAUAUGUAUCUAACCAAAUCAGACAAAUCUUUAGCUUUUCAGGCCUGUCUGUGUUCACUCAAAAAAGUUCAUUGUGCUUUUUAUUCUAUUUUUUGUCAUGAUUUUAUUUUUGUUUCAUUUUCUUAUGAAAUUUUUAAAGACAAAAGUACUUAUCUGCCUAAAAUAAAAUUAAAAAAAGUCUGAGAAGCUAAAGAAUUACUCUGUGUGGCCUCUCUGAUUUUAUUUUGCAUCAUGUUAAAAUUUUAACCAAGCAUUAUAGACCAUUUAUCAUAUAUGUAGUAGAAUAUCCUUCAGUUGUUGUCCUUAAUAGAAAGUUAUAAAGGGGAGAUAAUAAAUUACAAAGACACGAAGGGAGAUAACUGAAUAAUUUCCCACU